AUGAAUAAGCUUGAAGAAGUAGUUGUAGUAGUUCCAGAGAAGAGUAAGCGACAAAAUGAAGAUCACAGUGAAAAUAAGAGUAAAAGGGCCAAACUAAACCAUGAUAGUGUGGCAAAAGCUUUGAAAACGCAUGAAGAAGUGGUAGUCGAAAAACAAGAGCUAGUAUUCCCAAAAGAAAGUGUAUUUGGAGAACCAAGUACUGUGGAUGGGAAGAUGCAAGUUAAAAUGCACCAAGAUACAGUGGUUGUAAAGUCAACGCAUAUAUUGGAAGUACCGGCUAAAUCAGAAGUUAGUAAAGAAAAUGGUAGAUCAAUGAAUAGUCG